AUGACAGCAGUUUUGGAUCCCUUCAAGGCGUUCUCUGGAGAGCUGCAUGUCAUCAGGCGGCUGAACUCCAGCCUGUACGGAGCUGCUGGUGGAGAUGGGCUAAAAUCUGGACGUGCAGACUCUCCUUUUGGUAGAUGUCACCCUCCGACUGAGCACGUCAACCUCGCUCCUUCACGAGACGACAUCCCCCUGUUGGAUCCUUGCAGCGGUCAGCUGAGUGCCGGAGCGGAGGUGGUCUUGGGGGUCAAGGGUCGACAGAAAUUCAUAGAUUUCCAGCAUGUGCCCUCUGCCCUGUGGGUCCCUCCAGGUUUGAGGGAGAGGCCACACACUGCCCCAGACUCCUCUGUUAUCUGUGAGGACCUGAGGAAAGACAAGGCCUGGAACUCCAGGAGGAUCCCCGAUGCAGCUUUGAGAGCAAGACUCAGCGGUUCAACCGAUCCUGUUAAAGUUCAUCCACACUCAGUGAAGACGUCAACUAAAGCAACGUCACACAGCAGAUUCACUGAUAAACUCCCUGCACCUCAGGAUGGCUUCUCUUCUGGUCUCAGAUUGUGGACAGACAACUCAGCGGCAGUUCAUCGCUUCAGAUACACUUCUGCCACACAGAGGAGUUAUGAGGAAGUUGGCUGGGACACUAAGUUGCCCCGGCGCUUGAAGGCACCAGAAACGACUCUAGAGAAAAUGGCGGACCCAGUGAGUGAGCGUCCCUCAUCGAGGCGCUACAGUAGUCGACCUCAGCUGUGGCAGUCUAUUGGAGCUGAGUGGAGCAGGCAGCAGCUUCGACGGAGGAGCGAUGCCAAGAAACCCGUAUCAUUCUGCAGUGGAUGUCCGAGGUCAGGUCAGAUUCCUCUGUACACUGGUACGAUAGGAUCUGAGAACAUGGAUAACAUUGACAACAUAGAUGAGGUCUUUCUCCCACUGACCCUGAGGAGGAGCGUUGUUGUGCCCACAGCACGCCGAACCACCAUCCCCGGAUAUACAGGCAGGGCUGCUUACGCUAACUGUGCUGCUGAUGCUGCAGUCUCUGUCCCAGCUGUCUCCAGUCCUGCACGCUUCUCUGGACUAAUCAAAGAAUCGGGGAGUCCUACUUUUGGCCACGCAGCGCCUCUGUCUCGAAUGCUGACCACAGUGACCCCCUGCAACCCCUUCCUGAGACCUGCACUUCCUGCCCUGCAUCAAGCCAUCGUGUCUCACGCCAAGCCAGUCCCUCCACUGAGGUCAGAGAGCAAACUGAUUAUCAACCCUCCAUCAAACUCCCGCUAA